UUCCUCUUUAAGAACAAUCGAGAUCAUAAUAGAAACGCGGAAAAAGAAAGCUGAAAGCUCAACGGACAAAAGAGAAAAGAAAGGAAUUAGCUUCUCAAUUCCCGCUCGCCUCAUUUGACAGUUGACACUUUCUCUUUUUUCAAAAUAUCCAAAUCAAAAUUUCCAUUUUCAAAACCUAACGUACUCAGCUCGCCGGAAAUGAGGAGUCACGAACGCCGAGGCCCAGUGGCCGUCGGCAGCAGCGGCGGCAACGGAGGAGGAGAACUAUUCUGGACAGCCGGAAAUUGGCUCAAUAGAACCGGCAGCGUCGGCGGUGGUUACAGUCACGAGAGCGAACCUGACUUGGCUGCUAUGGUUAGUGAUUUUUUGGAAAGUAGUAGUGUCGGUGCGGAGUCUCGGUAUAGCAGUGAUAAUGAUUCUGGUUUCUCCGAUCUCGCUCUUCUCGCUGAUAGGAUUUCGUUACACAAGCACUCAGUGGACCAGUAUGAAAGUGAUCUAACAAUGGUGGUUCAUUCGCUGAUUCUUUCGUUGGGCGAGUCUUGCUAUCUUAGCAAGCCUGAGACUUGCAAUGCGAGCUGCAUCAGAUCUAAUCUAGUGAAGCUCCUACAGUCUUGCGGUUAUGCUGCAGCUUUGUGUUCAACCAAGUGGCAGGGUUGUGGAAAGAUUCCUGGAGGUGAACAUGAGUACAUUGAGGUGAUCUCCCAUGAAAAUGAUGGAUGCUCUGAAAGGUAUAUCAUUGACAUCGACUUCAGGAGCCACUUUGAAAUUGCAAGAGCUGUCAAAUCCUACAAUGUGGUUUUGAAUUGUCUUCCACCAGUUUAUGUUGGCACAGUAAGAAAGCUUAAGCUGUAUCUUCAGGCCAUGGUGGAAGCAGCAAAAUGUUCACUCAAACAGAACUCAAUGCCUCUUCCUCCGUGGCGAUCCCUUCCUUAUCUGGAAUCCAAGUGGGAAUCAUCCAGUCAAAGAGUAUCCAAUUUUCAGGUCCAGAGCAACAUCGGCCCCACUAAAUCAUCUCAUCAGCAUUGCACUGAGCUGUUGUGGAGGAUAAAAUCCAGUAUUGAAUCUGAAAUCAAAGCCAAAGGAUUUUUGGUACCCAAAAACUGUAGAAAGAUGCAGGGGCUAAAGAUUGAUAAAUUGAGGCAUUCUUCACCAGUGACGCCAUGAUCUGGCAUGGAUCUUGCGGUGAACGGAGAACACAAUUUUGUCCAACAUCAACUUUCUGAAGGUUUUUGUUAUGUCUUCAUUUCCACUUCCAUUUAGGCGUUCAACAAUUACAAAGUUUGAAGAUGAGUUAAAAUUACUGCGGAUUUAGGUUUUGUAUCAUAAAAAUGACACGACGUGGAGUAUCCUCUUCACGUGCUACUGCGAUCAAGGUUUUGCAGUUUUGGUUGUCUACGAUUGGAGUUGCAUCUGGUUUUAUUUUAGCAUCUCGCUACCAUAAUAUAGAAUUAUAGCAUUUAUUGUCACUGAACAGGGUAUUCCAAUUUUGUAGCUUCUCGGUUUAAAGAUCAGAUUCAAUUUAAUUUUUUCAUUGAUUCUUUCCUUUGA